CGAUUUGCGACCAAAGCGACUAAGCGACUUGCGAUUUGCGACCGGUGCGACUAAGCAAAUAGCGACUUGCGACCGGUGCGCGACUUGGCGACUGAGCGAAUGUGCGACUAAACAACUUGCAAUUUUACCACUCCCAAGCGCAGAGGACCAGCUCCACACGCGCUAAUGUGGCGCCAAAAGACAAAACCGAAUCAUAAAAGCGCUACUUUAAAGCCACAAUAGUAAUUAGGCUAGCCCCAAAGUUGCUGGUCGCUUAGUCGCAUCGGUCGCAAACCGCUAGUCGCUUGGUCGUAUCGGUCGCAAACCGCUUGUCGCAUCGGUCGCAAAUCGCAAGUCGCUUAGUCGCUUUGGUCGCAAAUCGGUCGCAUGUCGCUAACACCAUAUCCUCUAGGAUAACCGAUCUCCAAAUUUGGUAUCCCAAAAUCGGUAUUGUAGAGAGGGAUUGUAGAUUGCAGUCGAUAUAUGCGCGAACUGUGUUUGGAAAUGAACUGAUGACGCCAUGCUGACAUGUGCACGACAAAUCUUUUGUUGUUUAUGAAGGGUUUUUCGUACUCUCAUCAUGCCGUCCCCGCCGUAGCUCUACCGGUUGGUACAAAAAUAGCAAGCGGCGUAGUGCGUGGGAGUGAAUUAGGUGGAGCAGAAGAUGGCGGACAAAGCAGCCGACAUUAGCAAAUCGGAUUAUUUUCAAACGCUGCUUGAUAGAGACUCCACAAAAAUGACAGCUCAAAGUGAUUCGCAUGAAUAUGGAGAUGAUUGCAUAGAUUUCACAACUUUUGGCGAAGAUUAUGUAUCUCUACCAGAAAUAUCGGAUUUCGACAACGUCAGAUUCGACACCACUAACCCCUUGAGAGAUGUCGAAGAAAGGAACGCCGAAAAUGCUGGGUAUAUUCACACCAUCAGUUCAGAUGAGAUCCACAUGCAUCUUCAUCCUCUUGUGAAGCAAGGAGAAAUGCCUUCUGAUCCAAGCCACGCAACGCUCACCAUCGAGUCCACUGAUCCUGACACUAAUCAGCGUGAAAUCAAGCGUUUUCGUUGUGAAUAUGACAGUUGCAGCCGAUCCUACAGCACUGUUGGAAACCUUCGCAUGCACAUGAAGACUCACAAAGGCGAGUUUCGAUUUCAAUGUUCACAGCCUAAUUGUGGGAAGGCGUUUCUGACUUCAUAUAGUCUUAAAAUUCAUGUUCGGGUUCAUACCAAGGUGAAACCAUUUGAGUGUACCCAAGAUGGAUGUGAUAAGGCUUUCAAUACUCUCUACAGGCUUCGAGCCCAUGAACGACUUCACAAUGGAAACACUUUUAAGUGUGAAAAACCAGGCUGUGUUAAAUUUUUUACAACUCUCAGUGACUUAAAGAAACAUAUUCGUACCCACACCCAGGAAAGACCUUACAAAUGCCAAGAGGAAGGCUGUGGCAAGGCUUUCACUGCUAGCCAUCAUCUUAAAACUCAUAAUCGCACCCAUAUGUCAUCAAAGAAUCAUAAAGAAGCAAGUGGUGAUUCUGAUUCUGACGAACAAGAAGAUGCUGUUCCACAGACUUUAGACCAGGAUUCAGUCUCAGCUGCAGUACAAAGUAGCUCUAACAGUUUCAUUUUAUGUGGCAACACAUCUAUACCUGCUGUUAUUAGCUAUUCCACUCAUGGUGAAAAGCAUAAGAUGCAAUUAGAAGUAGAAGUUCCUCGGGAAACAAAAAUAACACUGAAUGAAAGGGAGGGUAUUUUAGAUAGUUCCUCUGUACUGCGUGAUUCUUUGAGUCAAUCAGUUACACCUGUUCCUGAGCUUGGGGCGUACUGGAGUAGCACUGAUGUUUUAGAUGCUGCAGUUGCAGAGAGUUUUGAACCGGCUAUUGUGGAGGGUGCUGAGAAUAUACUGAGCUCUUCUGAAAAUGGUAGUGCAGCUCAGCUCUUGCACCUUCCAUUCACAAUUGCACCACGUAUCACUACACAAUGUAUAGACGAAGAAAACAUUCUGUCUUCCUUGUUGAUGCUUGAAAGUUGUGUGCCACCUGUAAUGCACGAUAAUGAACCUGCUGUUGAGCCUAUUGUCUCUGAGGCCAUUGGUUCUUCCCUCCCAAAUGUGACGUGUAGUGAAAAUAUAUUUAAUGAAAGAGAUGUGGACAAUGAUAUGACUGACAUCUUAUCCCUCAUGGAAAAUACUACUGAUAUGCAAUUCUCUUCAGAUAUCCCCUACCCUGAGACCCGUGUUCUUGAAGAACCUGUUGGUUCAAAGUCAACUGAUAAACCUGAUUGGGUUGAUGUAGCAUCACUAAAUGUCUGUAUGAAGCAAAUAGCAACUGAAAAUAGUAGCCAAUCCCAUGGUCAGAGUACUGAUGUUUUGAAAAUUGUAUCUGCUGAUAUCUGUAAAUGUACAAGUUGCCAGUGUGGAUCUUCUUCUGGUAAAAACUGUCAGGACUGUGAUACUCCACUGGAGGGCAUUGGCCUUAGUAGAAGGGAUGCCGAAACACAGGUUGAUGACAGGGAUCAAUGUGAUGUGCAUUUUGAUGACGGUGGUGUUCAAUCAACAAACACUGAUAAAACUGUCCUAAAUGAUGGUCUGCUCCUUACUAAUAGGGAAAAAGUAACACUUUCAGAGAAGGAUACUAGCUCCUGUUGUGUUAUGGUCUGUUUGAACACAAUGGAACAACUUCGGAUGGUCUUGCAAAACAGUUGUUGUCAAGCAGCUAGCACUUCUUUGCAUGCUCUAGCAAUGCAGAUGUCACGAACUUCCUGUUGUUCAGCCAGAGUUUCUAAAUAGGAGAAGAUAUUUCCAUGCUUUGUAAAAUUCUGUGGUAAAUACAUUGGUCUAGUCAAAGUUAGUCAAUAACAUCUGUAAUCGAAACUUUAUGGUUUUGAUAACUGUGGUAUAUCAUCUACCGCUUUGUACUCAUUAUCUCUGUGUAUCUUAAAAUAUAUGUAAAGUGUCAGCUCUAUGCAAAGAAAAAACUGAAAAAUCAGGAAAAGUGCCAUUAGUGCUGUGAUAUGUAUUGUGGUAUGUCGUUCCUCAUAAACAUUAUGCUGUGACAUUUUACAAUGCGUGACAGCUGUACCUGUUCGCUUUUCAUAACAAAAGCUCAUAUAUCUUGGAAGAUAUUACUUUUCGCUGUUUUCAGUUUUAAAGAAUUUAGUCAUGUAAAUUUUCAUGUUUUAAGUAAGAAAACUUCUGAAGAAAUUUGCACCUCUAUUCAAUGCAGAAUGUGCUUUGAAGAAGCCACAUGUGCACUGGAAGAGCUCAAUAUUUAAAGCUUCAAUACUGUGUGAUGUCUUAUUAGAUUAUAAAAAAUAAAGUUAUUUUUCAUAGUUUAUAUUCUAAAUAUAUAUGUUACUUUUUUUUGAUCUGGUAUAAUUAUUAAACUACUAUCUUAAAAGUAGA